AUGCACAAAUAUCUAACAGCAUCAUCACUGCCACUUUAUCACUCCCUCUUUCUUGCAAGGAGAGUGUGUGUUGCGAUAAUGGAGACUCUGUUAUCUGUACCAUCAUUAUCUUCUUCUCUGAAAUUCUCAGUGAGAGCUUCAUGGGACACGCAACAGAGACUCCCUUAUAACCCUAACGCUCCCAGAAAGCUCAAGAAGAACAUCGUUUCCACUCCCACUCCCACUUCCACGGCACCAAUAACGCGCAAGAGAGACCAAUACAUUUCCGAACUUCUCAAGCGCGCCACUCCUCUUCCCACUAUAGCACAUGUAGAAGAAGAACAAGACGAAACUUAUCUGGGAUAUGAGAAAUGGCUGCCAACUCCACCAAAAGUGGUGAAGCCUCGAUCUGUGUUUAACGCUGCUACUCUCGCUUAUAUCGGUGAUUGCAUAUAUGAGCUAUAUGCUCGUAGGCACUUUUUAUUUCCUCCUCUAAGUAUUGAAGAAUACAAUGUUCGUGUUAUGGCAGUUGUGCGCUGUGAGGCUCAAGAUGCUUUGCUGCAGAAACUUCUUGAAAGUAACUUCUUAUCAGAUCAGGAGAGGGAUGUUCUUCGAUGGGGAAAAAACAUUGUUCCCAGCAAAACUAAGACAAAAAAACGUGCUGGUACAGCUGUGUAUAGCAGAGCAUCUUCACUAGAAACAUUAGUUGGUUAUCUGUAUUUGACAAAUGUGAAUCGCUUGGAAAAGCUAAUGUUAGAGCUGGGAUUCUCAGUUGAUUCUUCAGUGACUUUGAAUAUUGAUGAAAUAAUAGCAGGUGAGUUGAAGAAUGGAUAA